GUGUACGUGUCGCUGCAUCGGCUUGAAUGGGAAGCGCAUGUGUGCAUUGCCAGUGCGGCUGAGGGUUGUAGAUGUAUUAGUAUAUGUGCGUGUUUAGAAAAUAGUGUGAGAACGUGUGACGAUGUCCAAUCAUGCGAUGGGAAAACUUUUACGGCGAUGUCCGAAUUUUUUCCAACAGUCUUUGCAGAAACAGAUUUCAUGCCGUGGCUACGUCAUAUCACAGGGCAGUAUUCUCCAUUCAAAUUUAACAUCCGGUACGAGACGACCAAUCAGAUGGCUGAGGCCAGAAUGUGAAGGACAACUGUCGACACACAAACGGAGUGUUCACAUGUCAACAUCUAAAAAUGCUAUUAUAGAAAAGUCUUCAGAAGGCACUAUUGUCAACAGUCCCCGUCCGGAAAUAAACAUGCCAUCAUAUUCCUUCGCGGAGUUUGUCUUCCACUACUUGGACAAGCACAAAGACAACGUAGCUACCGUGGACCAUAUGACUGACCGGUCGUUCACGUCGUCAUGGAUAAAGGAGUCGGCCGUCAGAGUGGCGAGUGGUCUAAGGCGACUGGGGUUGCGACAGGGCGACACCGUGUUGGUGUUCUGUAGCAACUCUCCCGAAUAUACCGUCAUCACCUUAGCCUGUGCGGCACUUGGCCUGGUCAUCAGUACCGCGAACCCCGUCUAUACUGUAGGUGAGUUAGCUAGACAGCUCGGCCACUCUACGACAAAAGCCAUAGUGACUAUGCCGGAGUUGGUACCUACGGCAAAAAGGGCAGUCAAUUCGUCCAAAGAACUGGCGGACUCUGUCAGGUGGAUGAUCACCAUUGGCGGGCAGGCGGAAGGUUGUGUACCUUUUACUGGUCUACUAGAGGAUGAUGGGAAGGCUUUUCCUGAGAACGUGGACAUAGAUCCGGAAAAUGACGUCCUGUUUCUCCCCUACUCCAGUGGGACAACCGGACUACCUAAAGGCGUCAUGCUUACUCACAAAAAUAUCAUAGCGAACAUCCUUCAAUUUAUCAAAGGUCCGAUGGCCCUAGAUCCCGACCGUGAGGUUUUGAUGGGGCUACUUCCGUUCUACCACAUAUAUGGCCUAGUAGUGAUACAGUUUGGGGCGACUUGUCUUGGUACCAAACUGGUAACACUUCCGAAAUUCGAACCCGAAACUUUCCUAGGUGCAAUUCAGAAACACAAGGUCUCCUUCCUGCAUUUAGUUCCACCUGUUGUGCUCUUCCUUGCAAAAUCUCCUCUCGUGAACAAUUAUGACGUCAGCAGCAUACAUAGUAUUAUCUGUGGCGCGGCACCGUUAGGGGAAGGUCUUACAGAGGAAGCGUCCGCACGACUUAAUUGUCACGUGAUCCAAGCCUACGGAUUGACAGAGACAAGCCCAAUCAUCUUGAUGGACCAAGCUCCUCCAAAACUCGGAACCAUAGGUCAAUUGGUCUCCAACACGCAAGCAAAGAUGAUAGACGUCGACAGCGGCGCGUGCCUCGGUCCCGGGGGGACUGGCGAGUUAUUGGUCCGGGGGCCUCAAGUAAUGAAGGGAUAUCUCAACAACCAGGAGGCCACGAACAGUACCAUACGUGACGGCUGGCUACAUACAGGUGAUAUAGGCCACUAUGAUGAGGAAGGGUACAUCACAAUUACGGAACGCCUCAAAGAACUCAUUAAGUACAAAGGAUUCCAGGUACCCCCCGCGGAGCUGGAAGCAUUGUUACUUACCCACCCAAGUAUACAGGACGCGGCUGUGAUUGGUGUAGAAGCCGGAGAGGACGUGGGAGAAGUUCCUCGCGCGUUUGUCGUCACAAAACCAAAGGUCCAACUCUCGGAGGAAGACGUCAUCAAAUUCGUGAAAGAGAAUGUGACACACUACAAGAGACUGAGAGGGGGAGUAAAGUUUAUGGACGCCAUUCCUAAGACCGCUAGCGGAAAAAUACUCCGUCGUCAACUGAAGGGUCAAUAAUACCAAAUAAGGCAAUGCGUUGAUAAGUACAUGCAAAUAAUACUCGGUCACUAGUGACGUCAUACAGCAUCCAAUGAACAGAUUCAUAAUGGUCAGAUACAGACAAAAUCAUCUAUGGACGCCUAUCAGAAUCUUAACUUUGCAAUACAUGAAUUACGUCAUCAGUGACGUCAUCUAUAACAAUCGGCAUCAACAUAUCGUAAACGUUCUAAACUUUAUUUAUUUUACCCCAAUUGGGAAACAAUUUAUAUCAACUUAUUUUAAUCACUCUCUUGUUGACCUGGAUUGAAGUGCACGAGAUGUAUAUCUGUGGAAGGAUACUGGAGUACUGGGAGAAAACACACGUGGUCGGGCAGGUGACCCCAUACCUGUUCACGUGCGAUCGGGAAUCGAAACCCGGCCGGCUAGGUGAAAGGCGCGUGUGUGUUACCACUGUGCCACCCGACCAUCCUACUUAUGCUGUUGUCAGGAGAACGGCCCAGAUGAAAUGUCUUUAUGUAUACAAUACCUCAUUGGUGACAUCAUUUUCAUAAAUAUUUUUCAUACAUGUAAAUUGAUAACGUCCAAAAUACAGGCUGUACAUUAUCUGAAGAUUGUACAUUAUCUGAAGACGCACAAAUAAGGUGAAAAUCAACCUUGCAGCUAUAUAAAUUACGUCAUCAGUGACGUCACAUAUAACCACACGUGUUAGCAUAUCCUAGUAGUGAUAUGCUCUAAUGAUUGCUCAAUUGUAUUUAUCACAAUAUAGGCAGCAUUUUUCUGUAUGGUGCAUUUUAAAAUGACGUAUAAUUGUAAUAUAUUUUCUCUUUAAAUUAAGGAUUAUAUCGAAUAUAUUUUCAUGUUACGGAGAUCGAAUAUGGAAAAAAACGGAGUGUACUCUAAAUAAACUGUGAAGCAAUUGAUGACAGUUCACUCUCUCUUUCUUUAAUCAAAGUAACUAUGCACAAUCCAUGUGGAAAUCCAUUUUUAUUCACAAACGUUGUUUGAUAACAUAAUUUGUAAUCAAAUGAUGAUGGUUGUUAGAAGCAAGAUUGAAUUAUUAAGAAAUAUGACAAACUGCAAUUGUCCAGUAUUAUAACGGCUUUCAUUGAGUAAUUGUUUUAAUUUUUCAUUACCCUGGUGGAAUUAGCGGAAGCGUAUUUUCAAUUAAUUUGCUAGAAAUGUGUUCAAUCAUAAUCGUCUUUUAUUUAUAAACGAAAAUCACUGCAGCCGAUAAUGACGAUAGAUUUCUAAAAUGUCCAGAAUACUAUUUGUUGCAGAUUGGGAUUAUCAAAAUUCCUAGAUAACGGACAAAUAUACAUUUGUAUGUAAAGAAAGUUAUUGAUAUCCGGCAUGGCCUGCUUUGUGUAGAUGUUAAAUCCUUCUACAUUAAAUUCAAGGAUUUUCCCUAAAAAUAGUGCAAAUUACAAAGGUUCUCAAGGAAUGAAAAUACCACUACUUUCUCGAACAUUUAAUGUGAACAUAGACAUUUAAUGAGUUGUAAUGUACUGUAAUUUCGAAGUGUGUAUACACGGACCAGAAAUUAUGCUAUAUGGGAAUAAAAAUUCAUUAAAUUUAAUUAGAAUGUAUGAAUACGUGAAUAUAGAAUUAUACGUGUGCAUGGAAUAAUGUCUGAUUGGAAAUUUUGUUAUUUGUGUAUUUAACAAAUACAUGUUUCGUGUAAAAUUG